AGGAGGAGGAGGAGGUGAAACACAGGCUGCUUUCUUCUCCUCUUCUGACUCCAUGAUCACUCACUCAUGUUGCAGAACUCUCAUCUUCUCAUGUUCAUGAGGAGUGGAUGAAAAGUGAGGAGGGAUUUCUUUCUGAGUCUACACUGAAGGAAAGAGAUGUUUUGAAUCCUGAGUCUGUUUGAGGAUCUUUAAACAGUCAGAGAGUAAUUAUUAGAUUUUUCUAAUAAUCGAUCCUGAAGCCGCAAACCUGAAGUUCAUAGUGAUCAUCCUGGCCGCCGGGAUGGUGGCCUUCAUCGGAGCCGUGAUCUGCAUCAUCGCAGCCGUGCACACCGGAUCCGGAUCCUCCAGGUCUGCUGCGGCGCAGCAACAACCUGCAGCCGAUAAUCAGUCUCUGUACACGGACACGGCGGCGCAGACCCCCGCUGCAGGAGGCUCCGUGGCGCGGGUCGGGUCUCUGGGAGCUCUCCAUGGUUCUGAAACACCAGAUCCAGAAGCCCCCACUUUUAACAUCGGGCUCAGUGGACUGGACGGGGUCUCUGGACUCACAGGACACGACCCCACAGUGAGCCGGCUCAUCUGCACCCCCAUCCCCGCCGGAGACUGCGACCCCAAAAACUUCCAGCAACAAGCCGACGACCCGGCGCUGUACGCGGGGGAGGACUGGGGCUACCUCCGCACCAAGGCGGAGGAGCUCCGGCAGACCGUCCUGCAGCAGAAGGACCAGAUCCUAACGGACCAGAGGACCAUCAGGGAGCUGACAGGGAAACUAUCCGACUGUGAGAAGGGUCUGGACGGGAGGGGGAGCCGGGAGGACCGACGCGGGGGCGCUGCGGGUCUGAUCGGGAGCAAGAGUCCAGCUGAGGGGACCCACCUGGAGAGGAUCAUGGUGCGGGACAGCCCGGGUUCAGCACCUGACAGUGCCCACCUGCUCACCGUCCGGGCUGUGGAUGAGCUGGAGCAGGCCAUCACUCAGCUCAAAGACCGCAUAGAGAAGCUGGAGUCAGACAUCGGCCCGUUCCCUCACAACCAGACAGACAGCAGCAGCAGCAGCACCUCGGGGGGACCGGAGGAAGGUGGGAUGUCUGGUGGCCCUGAGAAGUUUGCUGAUCCCGGGCACAGAGCGGGCGCCGACAGACCCUGGAGGAUGGAGGACUUGGAGGGGGAGCUGGAGAGGAAGGUGGAGCUGCUGGACAAAGAGAGAAAAGCCCUGCGGCUGGAAACAGAGAAACACAGACAGGAAAUCGACCUGGGCAUCAAUAAACUCAAACACCGCCUCUCAGGUCUGGAGGAAGGUGUCUCAGGUCAUUCCUUCCCACAGGGCUACAGGCUGUCCUUCCCCACCCGGACUAACUACAUGUACGCCGUGGUGAAACACUCCAUCCCUAAGCUCCGGGCCUUCACCGCCUGCCUGUGGCUGCGGCCGGCUGAGGGAGGAAUCGGGACGCCUCUGUCGUACGCCGUUUCUGAGCAACCCAACGAGCUGGUGCUGCUGCAGGGUCUGCACACCGCGGCUGAGCUGUUAAUCAACGACAAGGUGGCACAGUUGCCCCUGAACCUCUCCAGAGGCAGCUGGCAGCACAUCUGUGUGAGCUGGAACCAGAAGGGAGGAGCCUGGCAGGCGUACCAGGGCGGGAAGCUGAGGGGCGAAGGUCACGCACUGGCUGCUGGACAUCACAUCAGGCCUGGAGGAGAGCUCAUACUGGGGCAGGAGCAGGAUUCUCUGGCUGGAGGUUUUGAUUCAUCCCAGGCCCUGGUUGGAGAGCUGUCCCAGGUGGGUCUCUGGGACCGGGUUCUAUCAUCCGGCCAGGUGGCCAGCCUGGCCCGCUGCGGCAAAGUGACCCAGGGCAGCGUGGCUCCCUGGACGGAGAGCGGCAUCGAGGUUCACGGCGGAGCCACAAAGGACCCGGGGGAGCCGUGUAGUAAACACAAGAGGAGUUCUCAAUGACAGACGGGGGCGGGGCGGAGUGGAGGGGCGGAGCUGAGCGGCGGAGCGGCGCUCUGAAGGUUUUCUAAACAACUCGAUGUGGCAUGGACUGACAGUAUGAACAUUGAAAUAUAACGGUGUGUUUUUACGUGAUAUGAGUUUGGACUUUUCAGUUUCUCCAUCAUCCUGUUCGUCCUGACUGUAAAGGUUUAUUAUCUGAUGAUGAAGAUCAGAAUGCAGCGACCUGAUUCGUCCAGAGUCUCUGUGCUUACUUUGCAAAGAAGGAAGAAGUGAAGAGGGACUCCAGUGGUUCUGGUACUCAAACAGAAGCUUAGAAACUGCAGAGUCAAAAUGUGCCAAGAGAUGGAAAAGGAAAGAGUUACUCUGCCAUGUAAAGUCAAUUUAAAUCAAGCAUAAAGUCUUUAAGGUAACCUCCUCA